AUGCUUCGAGGACCCCAAGCAAUCAACGCCUCAGAAACAGGCAAAAAUACCAAGGGAAUCACUCUGUCUCUUUGCAGUAUGGAGUUUCAAAAACGCUUGAAAUGUGUCCCAAAACCUCAGUUGAAUCUGCGCAUUUCUAACGAACCAGAUGAAGAGGCUGGUUGGAUAAUCCCCGCUGAGUUCACAUGUGCAUUCCCGAAGCUUCAUUUGUUACUCUCUAAGAAGUCUUAA